UCUAAAUUCUAGUCUGUGCAGUACGAUAAAAUAGUAAAAAUUAAAAAAAUGAGCACUAAAUGAAAUGAUUCGCCUUCUGUCUUCGUGAAAAACCGAUAAUUCGGUUAUAUUAAUAAUAACGUAGAAUACAAAAAUAACAAACAGUGAUUUUAUACAAUAUUUAAUAUUACUUUUCAUAUAAAAAUGCAUACUUGUCGACAAUUAAUAUACAGUUCAGCUCGCUGGAAAUGUUCUUUACCUAUGAACUUGAAAACUUCAGUUAUUCCUUUCAAACCAGAGCAGUGUACAGUACUCGAAUGUCGCAACUAUUCAGCACGAAAGGGAUUUUUUUCCUCAAUAAUAGAAAAUAUCAAGGAGGAUAUUGCCAAAAAUAAGGAAAUGAAAGAUAACAUUAAAAAAUUUAGAGAAGAAGCUCAAAAAUUAGAAAAUUCAGAGGCUCUGCAGGCUGCAAGGAAAAAGUUCCAUGCUGUCGAGUCAGAGGCCUCUAAGAGCUCUGAAGUUUUAAAAGAAACCCUUGAAGGAAUCAAGGGUAAAAUGGAACAUGUUCUAGAAGAAGCGAGUAAGACGGACAUUGUUAAAAAAGCUGGUAAAAUCACCGAAGAUAUAUCAAAGACAGCCAAGGAUGCAGCUGAAAGUUUAGCAGAUAAAGGUCAGAAACUUGGUAAAACUUCAGCCUUUAAGACAAUAUCACAGGCUACUGAAGUAGUCAAAAACGAAAUGGCACCGAAGGGUCUAGAAGGUCGAGUCUACACAUCGCCAACUGCUCUACGAAAGCGUGUCGAGGUGGCGGCGGACGAGCGUACGGUGGCGCCGGACACGGAGACUCUGGGGGUGGAGCUCCAUAGGGACUCCAAGUUCUACCAGCAGUGGGAGGACUUCAAGAACAACAACCAGUACGUCAACAAGGUUCUCGAUUGGAAAAUAAAAUACGAGGAAUCAGAAAAUCCGGUCUUCAAAGCAUCAAGAUUCGUUACGGACAAAGUUAGCAACCUCUUUGGAAACUUGUUUGAGAAGACGGAGCUGUCGAACACGCUCACCGAAAUAUGCAAAAUCGAUCCGAGUUUCACGGCACAGAAGUUCCUUGAGGACUGUGCCAAUGACAUCAUACCGAACAUUCUCGAAGCCAUGGUCAGAGGAGACCUCGUAAUCCUGAAGGAUUGGUGCUACGAAGGAGUGUACAACAUCCUGGCGACCCCCAUGAACCAGUGCAAACAGUUAGGAUACAGGCUCGAUUCAAAGAUAUUGGACAUAGAGAACAUAGAAUUGGUGAUGGGGAAGAUGAUGGACCAGGGUCCCGUAUUGGUGAUAACAUUCCAGUCGCAGCAGAUUAUGUGUGUACGGGACGGCAAGAAUAAUGUAAUAGAAGGAGAUCCCAAUAAAGUGAUGAGGGUCAAUUACGUGUGGGUGCUCUGCCGAGAUCCCCAGGAGUUAAACCCCAAGGCAGCUUGGAGAUUACUCGAACUGUCAGCAAAUAGUGUAGAACAAUUGAUAUAGUAGUUGUUAACGUGUAGAUGGAUUAAAUCGUUGUAUUGUUA